AUGCACCCUGCAUCUCUGGUUACUGAUGGUAAAGGUGCAAUUUGGUUAAAUGAGGUGCAUUGCUCUGGUUCAGAAAGUAAAUUACUAAAUUGUGCAUACAAUGACGAUUCCACUAACUGCCGUCAUAAUGAAGAUGUUGGUAUCCAUUGUUUCCUCAGCUGUUCAACAGAAGAUCAAGGUGGGUUGCGUAUCUCUGCAGGUAUUGCUGUGAACCAAGGACGACUUGAAAUAAAUUAUAAAGGGGAAUGGGGAACAAUUUGUUAUAAAAACUUUGAUAAUGUUGAGGCAGAAGUGGCAUGCAAACAGCUUGGGUAUUGUUCAGGAAUCAUGCAUCCACCUAGAAUCACACAUAAUGGCGACGGUGUAGUUUGGUUAAAUGAUGUUACGUGUUCUGGUUCAGAAAGUAGAUUGCUGAAUUGUUCCUUUGAUAUCAAUAUAGAACAAUGCAGCCAUCGUGAUGAUGUUGGUGUUCAUUGUUUUCUAAGCUGUUCACCAGAAAAUGAAGGUGGUUUGCGUAUCUCUGCAGGUAUUGCUGUGAACCAAGGACGACUUGAAAUAAAUUAUAAAGGGGAAUGGGGAACAAUUUGUUAUAAAAACUUUGAUAAUGUUGAUGCAGAAGUGGCAUGCAAACAGCUUGGGUAUUGUUCAGGAAUCAUGCAUCCACCUAGAAUCACAAAUAAUGGCGACGGUGUAGUUUGGUUAAAUGAUGUUACGUGUUCUGGUUCAGAAAGUAGAUUGCUGAAUUGUUCCUUUGAUAUCAAUAUAGAACAAUGCAGCCAUCAUGAUGAUGUUGGGGUUCAUUGUUUUCUAAGCUGUUCACCAGAAAAUGAAGGUUCGUUGCGUAUAAUGUCUGGUUUUGCUGUGAAUCAAGGACGACUGGACAUUAAUUAUAAAGGUGAAUGGGGAACAGUCUGUAGUAGAGACUUUGAGAAUGUUGAUGCAGAAGUAGCCUGUAAACAGCUCGGAUAUUGGUAUGUUUGA